AUGAGUUUCCCUUUGGUUCGCAAGGUCGGGAACGUCGAACGCUACUCGCUGGCUCGAGCCAACAUUAAGAUUUACAUCAACGUUGUCGUCGGCGCCCGUCUCCAUGAACAACCAAAGUCGGGAUCAACACCUCUACCCCGCAACCAUGCCCAAUGGGUCCAACUCCUCAUUGGACCACUGACCUGGCUCAUUCAGGAACAUCCCAACCUGUCCGUCGUCAUUGGCGACCAUCUCUCAGCCACGCCCGUCUUUUUGCAGAUGCCCUCGGUCGACCUGUCGCGCAUCAUUCGCGUCACCUCAGUCGACCGUCAAGUCGACAUCAACACGGUUCUGGAGGACGAGCAUCAAACACACUUUGACACUGCUAGUGCUGAGGUCCCUCUCUGGCGGAUUGUGGUUGUCGAGGUCAAGGAGGACGGAUCUUUCUAUUUGUUCUACUGUUACCAACACUCAAUUGGCGAUGGACGUGCUGGGCUGGGGCUGGUGGACCAAUUAAUUGAGCGGCUCAACAUUCAAGCGGCAACUGACGGACCUCAAACUUUGCCCAGUGUCGUCGUGAUUCCUUCCGCUGUCAGACCUAUGCCGGACAACUUGGAGGCUGUCGUUGAUUGCGCGCCAAGUCUUGGCGUUUUGGUUAAGGGGGCUGUGAUGUCGCUCUUACUGCCGGGGUUCGUAAAGAGGGCGCUGGAGAAGAAGUACUGGUCUGGAGAGUUCGAUGCCACGCUGAAGGUGCCCAAUGAGACACAGGUAGUCGCCAUGUACCUGACUAAAGAGGAAACCGCGCAGGUUGUCCAAGCGGCCAAGGACCGCAAGACUACCGUCCAUGUGAUCCUCCUCGCCGCCUCGGCUUUUGCCACCAAGCUCGUCUUCCUGUCCAACCCCGCCGGAGACAACCACCAGGGACCUACCACUACCAAGGACGCCAUGAAUUUUACGACGCCAUGUACGCUUCGUCCCAUUAUCGGUGCCCCGCUCACGCCCUAUGUCCAGGGCAACUACACGUCCGAAAUCGCCUCCAAGAAUGUCAAAAUCAAGCUUGAGACUGGAUUUUGGGAUGUUGCACAACGGUUCCGCAAGCAGCUGGUCGCCGAAACCUCCAAGCCCAAAAAACUCUAUGGUCACAUCGGCCUCCUUUCGUAUCUCCCAAAAGAGCAGGGCGGGUGGGAGAAGUUCCUGUGCGAACAGGUCGAGAAGGAGCAGCAUGGACGCGAGGCAACCCUCCAGAUCUCGAACCUUGGCGUCGGAUUGAAACAGCCUGCUGAUUCUCCUCUGGGCUUCAAGGUUCUGGAUGCCAUGUUCUCGCAAUCGUCUAGCAUCACUGCCGCAGCCCUCACCUUCAAUGCAGUGACGGCCAACGGUGUCCUCCUUGUCACGUCGACUUGGCAAAAGUCUGCCUUUACCGGACGCGAUCGCGGCGAACUGCACAUGAAGGAGUUCAAGAGGAUUCUUCUGGAGGCAACCCAACCCGACAGGACCAACUAUCAAUUCCGUGAAGUCUUUACUGUUCCUCUUGCCACCAUCAAGUCUCAGUAG